CAUUUUCGUAAUUUCUUGGGCGACGAAAGGCCAUUUUCUUUGGAUAUUGAAGGCUACAGAUCACGGAUUCGGCCUGAGGCUAUUCUCCAACGAUGAUUGAGUCCAUUAAGAACCGAUUUGGGCGGAAUUAUUCCGGGUCAAUUUUUCGCAGAUUCCAAAGGGGUACCAUCACAGAUUUGGGCGAUUUAUCCGAAAUGCCAUUUUCUUUCGAUUCUGGAGGCUACAUAUCACGGAAUCAGGACGAGCCUAUUCUCCACCGAUAAUGAAGUCUAUUGAUCCUAUUCUCCACAGAUGAUAAGUCCGUUAAGCAUCGAUUUGGGCCAACUUAUUUUCGGAUGGCAUUUUAGUAAUUUCUUGGGCGACGAAAGGCCAUUUUCUUUGGAUAUUGAAGUCUACAGAUCACGGAUUCGGCCUGAGGCUAUUCUCCAACGAUGAUUGAGUCCAUUAAGCACCAAUUUGGGCGGAUUUCUUUCGGAUCUAUUUUUGGCAGAUUCCAAAGGGGUACCAUCACAGCUUUUGAGCGAUUUAUCCGAAAUGCCAUUUUCUUUAGAUUCUGGAGGCUACAGAUCAUGCAAUCAGGCCGAGGCUAUUCUCCACCGAUAAUGAAGUCUAUUGAUCCUAUUGAUGACUCGGUAUUUGCACAUGUUUUCCCCUUUGUUUCUUGAUUGUUUGAGCUUGAAUUAUUACGUCUUUGUCCUAUUUUAUGCUAGGUUGUGUUACUUUGUCACAUUUCAGGUCCUAGCACAUAAAGUGAAGCAUAGGCGCAAGUUUCAAAUCAAUCAGAGAUCAAUUGACGAUUCGGGAGAAGAAACUCGGGCAUGACCUGAAGAAGAAUGGAUUUCUACCUCACUUUAUGGACAAAGAAUCAUGCAAGCUUGUCAUGAAAACUAAUAGGACGAGACUACGAGCGUCUGGGAUCAAACGGGGACUGAUUCGGAGUCCGGACGUGGGAGAAACAAAGCAUUAAACAGAGGCUGAGCAAGCCACACGGGCAUCCUGGAAUUCCACACGGCCGUGUGAGUCGUGGCCGUGUGGAAAUCACCGAGCCUUCACACGGGAAGCUGGGAAAGCCACACGGCCGUGUGGCCUGGCCGCGUGAUCGGGAAUUUCUGUUUAAAACUCGAUUUUCAGUCAAAGGAAAGGGGAGAGCUGGGUUUGUGGUUCCCAAACACCCAAGGGACGAACCCUAGAGAGAGAGAGCGACUUGGGAACAUUCUUGGAGCUAUUUUGGAGGAUUUCUUCACCAUUGGAGCUCGGGAAUCAAGCUUGGAGAUGGAGAUUGAAGAUCUAGAUCAGAUUUCUACAGUCUCUCUCUUCUCUAUGGAGUAACUUCCCUUCACUUAGGUUUUGAGGAACCCUAGUUCCAUGUGUUAGGAUCUUUCUUGUAUGAAGUUUUGGAUGCUAUAUUGUUUGCUUAUAAUCGAUUGAGGUAUGAUUUAUUGAGUCAAUUGAAUCUUGAUCAAAUUCUCUUGAUUUCUGCUUUAACCUAUGAUAGAUAGAAUCUGAUUAGGUUAAGAGAGCUUCCUUGAUUGAUAGUGGUGAAUUGGUUGUGCGAGAGUCAACCAAUUCACUGCUUUGUACUGGAAUCCAAUUCCAGUAGUGGAGUUCUGUGUUCAUAGCCUCAGCUUUCUAUCCCGGUGAAGUUAGUCGCCUGUCGGGUAGUUGGACUGAGAGGGCUUGGUCAGCUGAAGAGAUUCCAAGCUACUGUCGGAUCUUCCGCAGUUUAAUCAACAGUAGAUCAACCUAAGGUAAUUGCAACUUGGACCUAAUUGAGGAGCUAGGGGGAAUCAUACCUAAGUGAGUUCCCAACUUGUAAUUAGUAGAGUAGUCAGUAGAGUAGUUUAUAAAUCAAUCCUUAAUCUAGUUUGCUAGAUAAUGAACUGAAGUUGAGUAAUAGUAACUCUAGAGACCAGUGGAUUCGAUAUUUAUUACUUGUGCCACUAUACUGCAGUCCCUUUCAUUGGUUACACUUGGCCAUUGUUAGGUGUUGUGUUUUAGCGUGUCACCUAUUCUCCACGGAUGAUAAGUUCGUUAAGCAUCGAUUUGGGCCAAUUUAUUUUCGGAUGGCAUUUUCGUAAUUUCUUGGGCGACGAAAGGCCAUUUUCUUUUGAUAUUGAAGGCUACAGAUCACGGAUUCGGCCUGAUGCUAUUUUCCAACGAUGAUUGAUUCCAUUAAGCAUCGAUUUGGGCGGAUUUAUUCCGGGUCAAUUUUUGGCAAAUUCCAAAGGGGUACCAUCACAGAUUUCGGGCGAUUUAUCCGAAAUGCCAUUUUCUUACGAUUCUAGAGGCUACAGAUCACGGAAUCAGGCCAAGGCUAUUCUCCACCGAUAAUGAAGUCUAUUGAUCCUAUUCUCCACAGUUGAUUAGUCCGUUAAGUAUCGAUUUGGGCCAAUUUAUUUUCAGAUGGCAUUUUCGUAAUUUCUUGGGCGACGAAAAGCCAUUUUCUUUGGAUAUUGAAGGCUACAGAUCACGGAUUCGCCCUGAGGCUAUUAUCCAAUGAUGAUUGAGUCCAUUAAGCACCGAAUUGGCCGAAUUUUUUCCGGGUCAAUUUUUUGCAGGUUCCAAAGGGGUACCAUGACAGAUUUCGGGCGAUUUAUUGGAAAUGCCAUUUUCUUUCGAUUCUGGAGGCUACAGAUCACGGAAUCAGGCCGAGGCUAUUCUCCACCGAUAAUGAAGUCUAUUGAUCCUAUUCUCCACGGAUGAUAAGUCCGUUAGGCAUCGAUUUGGGCCAAUUUAUUUUCGGAUGGCAUUUUCGUUAUUUCUUCGGCGACGAAAGGCCAUUUUCUUUGGAUAUUGAAGGCUACAGAUCACGGAUUCGGUCUGAGACUAUUCUCCAACGAUGAUUGAGUCCAUUAAGCACCGAUUUCGGCGGAUUUAUUCCGGGUCAAUUUUUGGCAGAUUCCAAAGGGGUACCAUCACAGAUUUUGGGCGAUUUAUCCGAAAUGCCAUUUUCUUUCGAUUCUGGAGUCUACAGAUCACGGAAUCAGGCCGAGGCUAUUCUCCACCGAUAAUGAAGUCUAUUGAUCCUAUUCUCCACGGAUGAUAAGUCCGUUAAGUAUCGAUUUGGGCCAAUUUAUUUUUGGAUUGCAUUUUCGUAAUUUCUUGGGCGACGAAAGGCAAUUUUCUAUGGUUAUUGAAUGCUACAGAUCACGGAUUCGGCCUGAGGCUAUUCUCUAACGAUGAUUGAGUCCAUUAAGCACCGAUUUGGGCGGAUUUAUUCCGGGUCAAUUUUUGGCAGAUUCCAAAAGGGUACCAUCACAGAUUUCGGGCGAUUUAUCCGAAAUGCCAUUUUCUUUCGAUUCAAGAGGCUACAGAUCACGGAAUCAGGCCGAGGCUAUUCUCCACCGAUAAUGAAGUCUAUUGAUCCUAUUCUCCACGGAUGAUAAGUCAAUUAAGUAUCGAUUUGGGCCAAUUUAUUUUCGAAUGCCAUUGUCGUAAUUUCUUGGGCGACGAAAGGCCAUUUUCUUUUGAUAUUGAAGGCUACAGAUCAAGGAUUCGGCCUGAGGCUAUUCUCCAACGAUGAUUGAAUCCAUUAAGCAUCGAUUUAUGCGAAUUUAUUCCGGAUCAAUUUUUGGCAGAUUCCAAAGGGGGUACCAUCACAGAUUUCAGGCGAUUUAUCCGAAAUGCCAUUUUCUCGAUUCAAGAGGCUACAGAUCACGGAAUCAGGCCGAGGCUAUUCUCCACCGAUAAUGAAGUCUAUUGAUCCUAUUCUCCACGGAUGAUAAGUCCGUUAAGCAUCGAUUUGGGCCAAUUUAUUUUCCAAUGGCAUUGUCGUAAUUUCUUGGGCGACGAAAGGCCAUUUUCUUUGGAUAUUGAAGGCUACAGAUCACGGAUUCGGCCUGAGGCUAUUCUCCAACAAUGAUUGAAUCCAUUAAUCAUCGAUUUAGGCGAAUUUAUUCCGGAUCAAUUUUUGCCAGAUUCCAAAGGGGGGUUCCAUCAAAGAUUUCGGGCGAUUUAUCCGAAAUGCCAUUUUCUUUCGAUUCUAGAGGCUACAGAUUACGGAAUCAGGAAAAGGCUAUUUUACACCGAUAAUAAAGUCUAAUGAUCCUAUUCUCCAACGAUGAUUGAGUCCAUUAAGAACUUAUUUGGGCGGAUUUAUUCCGGGUCAGUUUUUGGCAGAUUCCAAAGGGGUACCAUCACAGAUUUCGGGCGAUUCAUCCGAAAUGCCUUUUCUUUCGAUUCUGGAGGCUACAUAUCACGGAAUCAGGCCGAGGCUAUUCUCCACCGAUAAUGAUGUCUAUUGAUCGUAUUCUCCACGGAUGAUAAGUCCAUUAAGCAUCGAUUUGGACCAAUUUAUUUUCGGAUGGCAUUUUUGUAAUUUCUAGGGCGACGAAAGGCCAUUUUCUUUGGAUGUUGAAGUCUACAGAUCACGGAUUCGGCCUGAGGCUAUUCUCCAACGAUGAUUGAGUCCAUUAAGCACCGAUUUGGGCAGAUUAAUUCCGUGUCAAUUUUUGGCAGAUUCCAAAGGGGUACCAUCACAGAUUUACGGCGAUUUAUCCAGAAAAGCCAUUUUCUUUCGAUUCUGGAAGCUAUAGAUCACGGAAUCAGGCCGAGGCUAUUCUCCACCGAUAAUGAAGUCUAUUGAUCGUAUUCUCCACGGAUGAUAAAUCCCUUAAGCAUCGAUUUGGACCAAUUUAUUUUCGGAUGGCAUUUUCGUAAUUUCUUGAGCGAUGAAAGGUCAUUUUCUUUGGAUAUUGAAGGCUACAGAUCACGGAUUCGGCCUGAGGCUAUUCUCCAACGAUGAUUGUAUCCAUUAAGCAUUGAUUUAGGCGAAUUUAUUCCGGAUCAAAUUUUUGGCAGAUUCCAAAGGGGGUUCCAUCAAAGAUUUCGGGCGAUUUAUCCGAAAUGCCAUUUUCUUUCGAUUCUAGAGGCUACAGAUUACGGAAUCAGGCAAAGGCUAUUCUCCAACGAUAAUGUAGUCUAUUGAUCCUAUUCUCCAACGAUGAUUGAGUCCAUUAAGCACCGAUUUGGGCAGAUUUAUUCCGGGUCAAUUUUUGGCAGAUUCCAAAGGGAUACCAUCACAGAUUUCGGGCGAUUUAUCCGAAAAGCCAUUUUCUUUUGAUUCUGGAAGCUAUAGAUCACGGAAUCAGGCCGAGGCUAUUCUCCACCGAUAAUGAUGUCUAUUGAUCGUAUUCUCCACGGAUGAUAAGUCCAUUAAGCAUCGAUUUGGACAUUUUUAUUUUCGGAUGGCAUUUUCGUAAUUUCUAGGGCGACGAAAGGCCAUU